UUAUUUAUUAUUAAUAAUAAAAAUUUGGAUACAGUGAUUAAAUAAAUAAAAUGUGAUGCAGAAUUUACGCGAAUAGAUGAGCAAUUUUCUAAAUCGAUAACGGGCAAGUAAACAAUAACAUUCUUAAGCAAGCGAGAUACAAAUAUAAGUUAGAGGGAGAUAGACAAUCAAAUCUACUAUCCAAAGAAAAUAGAAUUCUCAUACAAAACGUAAUGACGGCACAAUAAUCGUGUAAAAGUUCACGAUUGCCCAACACUAUAACAAUAAGCCGACCAUCGUAAUGGGAUCUUAAGCAAAUUGGUUUCUAGUUGAAAUUGUUUCUAUACUGGGGGGUCAAGUUAGACUGGUAUUGCAACGCGGUCAUCUUAAGAUAAUGAUCUGUCGAUGAUUUACGCCGCCUUAAACCGACAAUGGUCACAGAUAACCCCCAGCGGUUCCUUACAAUGUGACCAAUUAACUAAACCAAGAUGACCAAAAUGAACGGCAACAUCCCAGAUAUAACGAACGAAAAUCUCUCCGUAGAAGAAAUGUUUAAUGAUAAUAUAAUCGUAAAACGAAAGAAAAAUAAUUUCGACGAUUACAUAGAGAAUAUUAACACAGAAUUAAAUAAAUAUAACAAUAACAAUAACAUAAAAUUAAUCGAUAAAACAAAUGACGGGAGUAAGAGAAAAACAAAAGACAAACGAAUCGGAAUAGACACAGAUUAUACAAAAACGGUUAGACUCGAAUUAAGAGAAGAUAAUUGUAUCAUAGAAUAUAAAAUGAAUGAUGAAUUGAAUAAGAAUGGAACGAAUGACAUUAAUGAAGUACUCUUGGAGAAUGGUGGUUUGCAUGAAUAUACCUUAAAAGACAGUGAGUUAAGAUUGGACAGUGCGAAAAGUGCUAAUAACGAAGUGCUGGAACAAGACGGUGAAUUCGUUAAUGGUCAUACUGAAGGAGAUAAGGAGCGGCUUGGCGGUGGCGGCUGUACUGGCCAAGGUCAUGGCAUGGAUUACGGCGGUGGUAGCGGCGACUACGGCCAGCAUUACGGGCCGCAGCAGCUGCUGCCGCGCCACCACGCUCACCACGACUCCCACACGCACCUCAGGCAUCACAGGGACCAUCAUGAUAUACACUCGCAUCACUUAUCACACGGUGGCUUUGGUUACGGCGGCGGUGAGCGACGGACAGACUACGGAGCGCGGGAACAACACGAACUGGCCUUACACCAUGCGUUACAUUCCACGGACGAAACGCAGAACGCCGGCAUGGAUGAUACGACGGGUUUCAUGACGGAUCUACCAUUAUUAAAAA